AUGCAUAUGCAAUUCGGUAUAUUAAACCAAUUUCUCGACGGCGAGUGCGGUGUUCAAUCCAAUGGACAGACAGUAAAACGAUCCUCGAGUCCCUGGAUAGCAUUCCUCCACACAACUGAUUUGAUAUUCGUGUGCACUGGAACUUUGAUCUCUCACAAUCUGAUACUGACUGCUGCGCAUUGCAUAACGUCCAACACGCCACUAGUAGCUCGGCUUGGUGAGUUUAUGGGAACCGUGGAGGAAUACCCUUUACCAGUGUUGCAUGAUGUAAGGGAAUCCAGCAAGCAUCCCUAUUUCGAUAUGAUAACACAUGCGAAUGACAUAGCUGUUCUGGAGCUUGCUACAAAAGUUGUAUACACAGACAACAUCAGACCAAUCUGCAUUGUGUGGGAUCGUUCGUGGAAACGCCAUAUCGAUGGCAUACAGAUACUAAGUGGCCCUGUACGGGGCAAGCCAGAGAACGACAAUGACGGUGGCAACAGAAUCCUGGACAUCCGACGCCAGCCACCAGAAAUGUGCCACAACUAUAUGGGCACCUUCAGGGAGAAUAUAUCAAGCAGUGUGAUCUGUGCUGGGGACUCAAACAGUAAUCUAUGCAACGCGGAAUCCAGCAGUCCUCUGGGAGCCAUGGUGCUUCAUAAAAAGCUACAGAGAUUUGUCCAGAUCGGCAUCGCCACAUCGAACCAGAGGUGCAACAUGCCCAGUAUCUACACGAAUGUCCUAAGCCACAUCGAGUUUAUCCUACGAGCAUGGCGGCAUUAUAGCAAAGGUAAUAGUUCCUCGGAAGCAAGUUUACCUACAAAAUCACCGACAAAGUCACCGAAAAUGUCACCGACUAAGUCAUCAACAGAGUCCCCGACAAAGUCACCAGCAAAGUAA